GUCUGCUUUCCCCAACCUUUAUGUGAUGCCCUGAUGAAUUUGCAUGUCUCUUUUGGUUCUGGCGUUUUGUCUUCUUGCUAGGAGGGGGGUCUCGUUUCUAUGAUACCUCUUGCUUUUUCCACUUUGUGUCUUGAUGACGGCUAUGCUGCUGGUUUACGAACUAAUUCCCUAGAUGGACGGGUGGAUGACUUUCCAGCAUCCCACUCGCAUUAUAUUUGUACAUAUGGUUUCAUUAUUUCCCCCCUACAUGAAGGAUAUGGGAUGAACAUAGACUGGAUGGCAAUCAGAUAGAAAGUGUGAAUUGAUCAAACACAUGAUUUAAAGCUG